CUUCCUUUCGCGAUCUUUGCAACGAAAUCCAAACCUCAUUCUCUGAUCUAAACCAUGUCCACCACCACCACUCUGUAAGAACAACAGAACAACAGAGAAAUCAGAAGAUGCCCCGAACCCUCCCUUGGCUCCUUGAUACACCCGCGAGCAGCACUCGUGCCCCCUCAUCCCGGGAUUUCACACCGCAACCGCGCCGCGCGGGCACGACCUCAUCAUCAGCAGCAGCAGCAGCACCACCAUCAUCUGCGAAGAAGAAUGCACUUAACCCCAUUACAACCCCACCAGGCUCAGGGGGAUCUCGAGCCCACCGCCGCGACUUUCUCAGAUCAUCUCCAACACCCCCUUCCUCCCCAAUCCACCGCUGCCCAUCAGAAGAGUACCUCAUCCCCGGCCUCCAAAACGACGACAUUUACAUGAUGGUCGAAGACGAAUUCUACGCUGUAGCGCAGACCUUCACGCAGCAUCUGCAUUACGCCGAGUACGUUCGCCGGAAGAAGGAGGUGAAGGCGCUGCAGCGACAGCAACAACAAGAACAACUACUACGACAAGCCGGCAAUGGCUCGGCGAUUGGGGAUCUGGUGCGGCGGCCGACGGAUGGGGUGACGCCGGUCAGCGAAGAGAGCAAGAAGAAGGAGGCGCGGGAGGUGUUGUCGGCGAGACAGAAGGAGGGGUUGGAGACGAUGGUGGCGGGCGGAGGGAGGGUGGUGGUUAGUAGUGAUGGUGAGGAUGAUGAGGUGGAUGAUGCGUGGGUGGGGACUUCGCUGCAUGAGUUGAUGGUGAGUCCGAGGAAGAAUCGGUCGUUGGUGGGGAUGCAGGGGAUCCGGUCGUCGACAAGGGCGGCGGCCGGGUUAGUGGCACAGGCAAGGGAAGGAUUUAGGGGCGAUGGUGCGGGGGCGGGGGCGGGUGUCGGGGUAAGAUUUGAGCAGGUUGAGAAUGUGGUGAAUGUGGAAGAUAACGACGAGGAGACUGCGUCGGAGGACGACGAUGAUCUCGAUGUGCAUGUGCAUGUGAAGCAGACCGACCGACGCCAGCCACCACCGACCCACCACGCGACGAGCUCCAAGGCAAGGAAGACGCCCCCAUACAAAGGCACUAUCAACCCAGACACCAAAAAAGCGCAGUCUAUCAAUGCUACUACUACUACUAGUACAUAUCGUACACCAACUCCAAAGGCGAUGAAAUCCAAAAGGAGAUUAUUCUUUGAUGACUGGGACGAGCUUCCAGAGCCGCCGCCCCAGCCCAACAUCCAGGUCCAAUCCCGCCAGUCAUCGUCGUCCAGUGAAACUCCUCCCCCGCGAACCAUUGAUCCCCAGGCGAAGAAGAAAACCCGUCUCAACGAAGUGCCAACCUUCCUCCUUUGA